CUCAGACACUGGUUGCCUAACAACGCUACCUCCAAUGACGGCACCGUUUUGUCCGCAGCCAGCGGAGCAUUAGAGUUUAAAAAAACACAUUCAAUCAGCGGCUGCUUCUCACAGGCGGGCGGACGCACGGAGGGUUUUGUUCCAGUGAGAGCCUCUGAUCCACAGCCUGACUGCUAAUCCACCUCUUGGCUGAUAACUCAUGACCUCACAUCCCUGUGUACUGAUGCGUCGAUGAUAUGGGAGAGUGGUGGACACCAGUGCCAACGGAGACCUCUAUGGGAAACUAUGAUAUCUCCAGCAUAUCCCAUGUGACCAUGUCUCCCUCGAGACAAAACAACGUUCUCUCAAUGUAUCCCUCUGUGGCUCUAUCUAAAAGUUCCUACAGUGUGAUAAGUGCCUUCUGUACAGAGGAUAAUAUUACUCAGUGCAUUUCAUACAUCAAUCAGGAGCUUGCCUCCCUAGGCCUGUCUUCCACAUGUAUCGAGGCCAGCUCACCAGGGGGAGCCAGCUUGAACACAGUGCCAGCUCUGAACGCCAUGUACGAGUUGCUACAGAUCCACAGGCGAAACAUGUGCACUUUGGAAGCGCUGGAGAAAGAACAGCUGAAAAAGUCAAGCUCCUUGGAACAUAUGCAAAUGAGCAACUCCAGAUUAAAGGAUCAGCUGGAACUAUCGAUAAGGGAGAAAUCAGGUCUACAUGAGACAGAACGUCAGCUGCAACUGAAAAUCAAGACUUUGCAGAACUGCUUGAAAACUGAAAAAGAUGAGGUUCAGAAGCUCCAGAGUAUCAUUUCUAGUCGUGCCUCUCAGUACAACCAUGAUGCGAAGAGGAAAGAGAGAGAAGCUGCAAAGCUCAAGGAACGUCUGGGACAGCUACUGGUUGACAGAAAGGAUAAGAAACUUGCUAUUGAUGUACUAAAUUGUUUGGGACGGUCAGAUGGAAAAAGAAGCCACUGGAAGACUGCUAAAACAACAUCUAGCCAUGAAGGUGAGAUGUACAAAUCUUUGCUCAGUGACUAUGAAGCGAGUCAAAAAGCUCUGAUGGUUGAGAACGCUGAGCUUAAGAAAGUCCUCCAGCAGAUGAAGAAGGAGAUCAUGCAUAUCCUGAGCACACGCCAGUCGCCUAUAAAAGGAGCAGAUGCUGACGACAGCCAUGAGCAGGCUGAUUCAGAUGGAGAGGAGAAGGCAGGUGACUGUAGCCGUGAAACGCUGGACCAGUCGUGUGAGCACGCUAAAGAACAGCUGACCAACAGUAUCCGCCAGCAGUGGAGAAAACUGAGGAGCCACAUGGAGAAGUUAGACAGCCAAGCAUCUCAAAUGCAGAAUCAUUUGGACUCCAACAAGGAGGUGAUACCAAGGGAAGCACAUGAGGAUGAGAUGGAGAGGAUGAGGUGUGAAGUUCAGCAAUGCAAAGAGUUUAUUCACGCACAGCAGCAGCUCCUCCAGCAACAACUCAACCCAUCAUUUGACGAUGAGACUGCGGCUCUUCUAAAUGACUGCUACACACUGGAGGAGAAAGAGCGUCUUAAAGAGGAAUGGAGGCUUUUUGAGGAACAGAAGAGAAACUUUGAAAGAGAGCGUAAGAACUUCACAGAGGCUGCCAUUCGCCUGGGGCGAGAGAAAAAGGCCUUUGAAGAGGACCGUGCCUCCUGGCUCAAGAAUCAGUUUUUGAACAUGACUCCUUUCACAGACCGCAGGAGAUGCUCCUCGUCUGAUGGGCAUAGUGCCUUAUCAAUCAAAAGUGAGCCAGAGACAAGAAUGUCAUCAACAAAGUCUCGGGUGGCCAAAUCGUCAACAUAUGCUACAUUCUCCACUCCUAAACCUGCACAAAAUGCUUUUGUGCCAUCUACAGCGGAACUUUACCGGACACUCCGCCUGAUACCAGACAGCAGUUCUUCCAGACCUUCAAAUCGAGGCCGCUGGCAGGAAUCCAGCGCAAUUGAAGAUGGAGAUGCUCUGAAGUCUAAACACAGAGCUCGAUGUGGAGACUUGAGCAUUUUCUCUCUGGGUGAAGAUGAGAACAGCCUCAGCUGAAGAACCUCCAGUGCCUUUUAGUGUAAUGAAUACACUGGACCCAGUCUGUAGCUGCUGAUACCCACCGACUUGAUUGCUUCAUGAUCACAUGGACUGAUGAUUCGCCAGAACUCACCCCACAAGAAAGCACUUUAAUAAUAAAUCUGCUGUUAACUCUUUUCUGUACUAAUAACUUAAAGCUCAUAUUUUAAGCUAAGGAAAGUAUCAACAAAGUAGCUAAUAAACAUUUUUCAGGUUUUUAUUUUAAAUUAUUUACAUGUGUAAAAUACGUUUUAUUGGAACCACGUGAGGUGUGUCUAUACAAUAAAGGUAUUUUUAAUGAA